GAGAGUAGCACCAGCUUCCACCAGCCACAUCCGCGUCUCCACAUGUAGCAAACUGAGGAGCGUUUUUUGAGAUUAUUUAAGUGUGUAUUGCUACAUAUAUAAUCACAGGUAUCAUGCUUCUUUUCUGUCCAACCUGUGGGAAUGUUUUAAUAGUGGAGGAAGGACAGAAGUGCAUGAGAUUCGCCUGCAAUACCUGUCCCUACGUGCACAACAUCACAAGAAAGGUUAAUAACAGAAAAUAUCCCAAGCUGAAGGAGGUGGAUGAUGUUCUUGGUGGAGCUGCAGCUUGGGAAAACGUGGACUCUACUCCUGAAACCUGUCCCAAGUGUGGGCAUCUUCGAGCGUAUUUCAUGCAGAUUCAGACCAGAUCUGCUGAUGAACCAAUGACCACUUUCUACAAAUGUUGCAGUGCUCCGUGUGGACACCGAUGGAGAGACUGAAACCUUUGCACUUUG